AUGUCCUCAAUUUACAAAGCUCUAUCAAAAAGCUCCGGCGCUAACUCAAACAAAGAUGAUAGAAAGAAACACAUAAACAGGCAGAAAGUCUUGAUCAUCUCCUCUAGAGGGGUCACUUACAGACACAGACAUUUGAUCAAUGACUUGCACGCUUUGAUGCCACAUUCGAAGAAGCAAGCCAAAAUUGGUUCCAAAAAGAAUUUAUUUGAACUUAAUGAAGUUGCUGAAUUGUAUAACUGUAACAAUAUUGCCUACUUUGAAACCAAGAAACAUCAAGAUUUGUAUCUCUGGUUGACCAAAUCCCCAAAUGGUCCAAGUUUGAAGUUUUUUGUUCAAAAUAUGAGCACCCUUGAUGAAUUAAAUUUCACUGGUAACUGUUUGAAGGGUUCAAGACCAGUUUUAUCAUUUGACAAAUCAUUUGACGAAAACAUUGCUAUGCAGUUAACCAAGGAAAUAUUGAUUCAUACUUUUGGAGUACCACCAACUUCCAGAAAGAUUAAACCAUUUAUAGAUCAUGUCAUGACCUUCAGUAUUGUUGAUGGAAAGAUUUGGAUUAGAAAUUAUCAAAUCAAUGAGCAAGUUGUUGGUAGCGAUUUAAAGAACGAUGAUUUGGAUGAAAAAUUAAGUAAUGAUGAAAUCCAGUUGGUGGAAAUUGGUCCAAGAGCUGUUUUAACCCCAAUCGUUAUACUAGAAGGUGCCUUUUGUGGUCCAAAGAUAUUUGAAAACAAGCAGUUUGUUAGCCCUAAUGUUGUUAGAGCUCAACUUAAGAAUCAACAAGCUGAACAAGCCAAGUCCAGACAAGAUUCAGCCCUCCAAAACAAGAUCAAAAAGAGAGAAAAUGUUUUGAAGGUUGAUCCAUUGUCUAAUGAAGCUUUAUUCAAGAAAAAAUAG